GGCGGCGAAAAACACACAGAUAAUAGUCCACAUAACAUAGCCACAAUGUCAGACCUGGCCUAAAGACUCUUCACAAUCCGUAUAUACAAUCAAUAUGAGUCGAGACAGCCGAGCUCAGCUCGUUGUUGAAAGCGUACUGCCGUUCAUUGAGGCCCACCGAAAGCUUGAGCAUCAAGGCAAUGCUAAAAAACCAUUUAUUUUAGGUGUUACAGGAUUACAAGGAUCAGGAAAAUCACAUUUGGCAUCAGCACUCGUCGUCGCUCUCUCCAAGGACCAUAAUUAUAACACCAUCGAGGUAUCACUCGACGACUUCUACCUACGACAUGACGAACAAAUAUCCCUUCGUACACAAAAUCCUUCCAACAACUUGUUUAAAGCUCGCGGUCAGCCUGGAACACAUGAUCCUGUCUUGUUGAAAUCAUUCUUCAGCCAGUUCUCAGAUCCAUUAGCGAAACAUGUUUGGAUUCCUUCAUUCGACAAAGGCCUCUUCCAAGGGGAGGGAGACAGACUUCCACUAUCGGAAUGGAAAACCAUUGAUUGCCAUUGUCCGAUCGAUGUGGUGAUUUUCGAAGGGUGGUGUGUUGGCUUCCAACCAUGUCCUGACAUCGAGGUGGAGAGGAAGAGAGUAGAAGCUUUACAGAUUCGACAUUUGAACGAACCCGAAAAGAGCAUUAUGGAUUUGCCCCGGAGUCAAUUUUGCACAACUACUUUGGGGGACCAUAAGCUUGUGGAUUUGCUCCAUGUAAAUGACUGUCUACGCAGAUACUCUGAAGAUUUCAUGGGUCCGCAGCAUUUUGAUUUUAUGGUGCAUCUUGAUACCAAUGACUUGGGUAACGUGUAUACAUGGAGGAUACAGCAGGAGCAUGCACUCCAUAGGAGGAAAGGUACUGGAAUGACUGAUGAGGCGGUAGUCAAAUUCGUACAGAUAUAUAUGCCAGCGUAUGAAUUAUAUUUGGACGGUCUACGAUCUGGAUUCUUUAGGGAGACUGGAAGUUUUAUUAGGACAAAGGGACAAUUGCAACUAGUCAUGGACGUUGAGCGGAAUGUUGUAGAAUCAAAACUAUUCUGAAUGAGCAAUAAAAUAAUACGCGGC